AUAGUCAUUUAAAGUUCAUAAAUUCGUACUAUUUCAUUUUGGGAAAAAAAAAAAAUCCAAUGGGAGAUGUGCUCAAAAGGAUCUGUGCGGCGAUUUAGUGUCUGACUCAUUUCGAGAUGUGUGAACUUGGGGAAAAAGCAGCUUUGAAAUAACGAAUGGUUUUCAAGUAAGUUUCGGAUCCUUGCGCCUUGUUCGCUAACGCGGUUAUUUCAGCUCCCCCUAGCGGAUGAUCCCGCAGUUGCCAUUGUAAGUCCUUAAUCCUCAAGGAGAAAGUAGAGGAAGGUCAUGAAUGAGUCAGACUUGGUAAGAAAGCACUACAACUUCACCGGGAGGCUAAAAGAUGUGGUGAACUGGUCAGGCAUCAGCACCAGUGAUGUGCUCUUCAUCGCCGUGUGCUGCUUCAUUAUUCUCGAGAAUGCGAUGGUCCUGCUCACCAUCUGGCGGACAAAGAAAUUCCACAAGCCCAUGUUUUACUUCAUUGGGAACCUGGCUUUCCUGGACCUGCUGUCUGGCAUCUCGUACAUCACAAACAUCCUGCUGUCGGGCUCCUACACCUUCAAACUCACCCCCACGGAGUGGUUCGUCCGUGAGGGCAGCGUGUUUGUGGCUCUCACUGCUUCGGUCAUCAGCCUGCUGGCCAUCGCUGUUGAGCGAUAUCUCACCAUGAUCAAGAUGCAGCUUCAGAGUUCUGGGAAAACCUGGCGUGCCUUCUUGAUCAUUGGCAUCUGUUGGGUCAUUGCAGCCUUCUUUGGCAGCAUGCCCAUUAUGGGCUGGAACUGCAUUGACAGGAUGAGCAGCUGCUCUACGGUGCUACCGCUCUACCACAAAACCUACAUCCUCUUCUGCAUCAGCCUCUUCACUUUGAUCCUCAUGACCAUCGUCGCCCUUUACAUCCGGAUCUAUGUGAUAGUGCAGUCACACGGCCGCAACCUGGCCGUCAACAAGGCUCCCAAUGACCAUAGCGACAAGCUGUCCGAAAAAUCACACGCGCUCUUGAGGACAGUCAUCAUCGUCCUGAGCUGCUUCAUCACAUGCUGGACGCCGCUGUUCAUCAUUUUUGCGGUGGAUGUGGUCUGCGACACCGGCAAAUGCCAAAUCCUCUACGAACUGAAAUGGUUCCUGGCGCUGGCCGUGCUCAACUCGGCCAUGAACCCGCUCAUCUACAUGUUCACCAGCAAGCAGAUACGCUCAGCUUUCCUCAGGCUGCUGCCGUGCGCGUCCUGGACAUGGCCCAACGGAAAGUCCAUGAUUGCCAACGAGCUCAUCAGCAAGUCGGACUCCUCCCAGUGCCAGAAGGACAAGCCUGAUGGAAACGAGUCCUAGAGGAACAUCCCUUCCUUACCCGAGUCCUCUCGAC